GACCAGCGUGCCAAGAGCCCAACGCCCGCCACACGCUCCCACCCGGACCUCGGCGCCGCCCGGCCGACCCGAAUGGCGACUCUCUCCGCCCCCUUGCUCCGUUCCCACCACCGUCACCUCCCCGUCCGCUCCUCGCCGCGCCGCUGCCGGACCGCCGCCUUCCCGCGCGGGUUCGUUCCCCUCGAACCCCUCUCCUCCCGUGGCCCCCCACGCACCGCCGUACGCUCCGCCUCGACCUCGGCAGCGGCACCGGAGGCCGCCGAGGCAACGGGAGGCGCGGCCCCGAGCGAAACGGCCGCGGAGGAGGUGGAGGCGCAGGCGCGCGUCGUGCUCCCCACCAACGAGUCCUCCGAGAACCUGCUGCGCAUCCGCCACACCUGUGCCCAUGUCAUGGCCAUGGCCGUCCAGAAGCUGUUCCCCGACUCCAAAGUGACCAUAGGCCCCUGGAUAGACAAUGGCUUCUACUACGACUUCGACAUGGAGCCCCUGACGGAUAAGGACCUCAAGAAGAUCAAGAAGGAGAUGGACCGAAUCAUUCGACGGAACCUUCCAUUGGUGAGGGAGGAGGUGUCCAGGGAAGAGGCUCAAAAGAGGAUCCAAGCACUUAACGAGCCAUAUAAGCUGGAGAUUUUGGAGAGAAUUAAGGAAGAACCCAUCACAAUUUAUCACAUUGGAGAAGAGUGGUGGGAUCUGUGUGCUGGCCCUCAUGUUGAGUCUACUGGCAAGAUACAGAGAAAGGCUGUUGAGCUUGAGUCUGUUGCUGGUGCUUACUGGAGGGGUGAUGAGAAUAAUCAAAUGCUACAAAGGAUAUAUGGGACUGCAUGGGAGAGUGAAGAUCAAUUGAAGGCUUACAUCCACUUCAAGGAGGAGGCCAAGCGCAGAGACCAUCGGCGACUAGGUCAGGACCUUGAUCUGUUCUCUAUACAGGAAGAUGCUGGUGGGGGUUUAGUAUUCUGGCAUCCAAAAGGUGCUAUCAUCAGACACAUUUUAGAAGAUUCGUGGAAACAAACUCACCUGCAACGUGGUUAUGAUCUAUUGUACACUCCGCAUGUUGCGAAGGCUGAUCUCUGGAAGAUUAGCGGACAUAUAGAUUUCUACAAAGAGAAUAUGUACAACCAAAUGGAUGUAGAAGAUGAGCCAUAUCAACUUCGGCCCAUGAAUUGCCCUUACCACAUCUUGGUAUACAAGAGAAAGCUACAAUCAUACAGGGAUUUACCCAUCAGAGUGGCAGAGCUUGGAACUGUCUAUAGAUAUGAGCUCUCUGGUGCUCUGCAUGGGCUGUUCCGCGUAAGAGGGUUCACACAGGAUGAUGCCCACAUAUUUUGUCUCGAAGACCAGAUAAAAGAUGAAAUUAGAGGAGUUCUUGAUUUAACUGAAGAAAUACUGGGGCAGUUUGGCUUCCGGAAUUAUGAGGUAAACCUUUCAACCAGGCCAGAAAAAUCUGUUGGCAGUGACGACAUAUGGGAAAAGGCAACAAUUGCUCUGAAAGAUGCGCUAGAUGAUAAAGGUUGGGGAUACACGGUUGAUGAAGGGGGAGGUGCUUUCUAUGGUCCAAAAAUUGAUUUGAAAAUUGAGGACGCUCUUGGAAGAAAAUGGCAAUGUUCCACUGUGCAGGUUGACUUCAAUUUGCCUGAACGGUUUGACAUCACUUAUGUUGACUCGCAUACUGAGAAGAAACGGCCUAUCAUGAUUCAUAGAGCCAUCCUUGGGUCUUUGGAGCGCUUUUUUGGCAUCCUCAUUGAAAACUACGCUGGUGAUUUUCCACUUUGGCUUGCUCCAACCCAAGCUCGUAUUCUACCUGUCACAAACAAUGAGCUGCAGUACUGUAAUGAGGUGGCUUCAGAACUGAAAUCGAGAGGUAUCCGCGCCGAGGUAUGCCACGGCGAACGUCUGCCGAAGUUAAUCAGAAACGCCGAAACACAAAAGGUGCCGCUCAUGGCGGUCGUUGGCCCCAAGGAAGUCGAAGCUAGGACUCUCACCAUCAGGUCCAGGCAUAACGGGGAGAUGGGCACCAUGCCCGUCGACGAUUUCAUCAGCAAAAUCCAAUCGGCCGUUGCUGAAAAAUCUUCGCUGUAGAUACCCCAGUCUAUUAAACUCCAGUUCAUAUUGUAGAGCACUAGACCUUCUGCUGCACAUACACCGUACAGCGCCCACCGGAGCGCCUCCGACGAAACUGAGCGACGGAGGUCCAACAAUUUUGUGCAGAACUGCCAUCACCACAUUAUACUCCAGUCAGGAACAGAAGCCCAACAUUCUUCAUUGUACAUAAUUUGUGACCACAUUUCAGUGCAAGUUUUCAGCUUGAUUGCAA